CCGGGCACCUCAAGGUCGCUUUGAGGAGCGGGAGCGCGCAUAAGUGACCGGCCCCGGGUUCGGGCGCGCGCCGUCACAGUCUGGUAAGCUCGCUGGCGACAUGUCGGGGUACACGCCGGAUGAGAAGCUGCGGCUGCAGCAGCUGAGAGAGCUGAGAAGACGAUGGCUGAAGGACCAGGAGCUGAGCCCCCGAGAGCCUGUGUUGCCCCCGCGAAGGAUGUGGCCCCUGGAGCGAUUCUGGGAGAACUUUUUGCGGGACGGGGCCCUGUGGAAGAACAUGAUCUUUAAGGCAUACCGCUCCAGUCUCUUCACUGUUUCUCAUGUCCUUAUACCUCUCUGGUUCAUUCACUAUUACGUCAAAUAUCAUAUGGCUACUAAACCGUAUGCCAUUGUUGAGUCGAGGACCAGAAUAUUCCCAGGUGAUACAAUUCUGGAGACUGGAGAAGUAAUUCCACCAAUGAGAGAUUUUCCUGAUCAACAUCAUUGAAGAGCCCUUAAAAACUUAAAAGACUUGUGUAACAGCACAAGUAUAUUCCUAACAUGCUGUAUUUACUGAAUCUGUUUCCUGGGAAAGUAAUUAAUAAAGCUUAUUCUCAGAGUGUU